AUGGGAGAUCAGAUUCUUGGUCACUACGCUGGAAGCCGGGGAUUUGGGAAGGGGAUACCUGGUAAGGAUGAGAAAACUGGCGAUGACGUGAGUAAUUUUGAGCAGAAAUUGAAGAAGAUAUGGAUUUAUUCUAGUGGAAAGAAGAUUGGAAGUUUCGGUCAAACGAGGAAUGGAAAUAAAGUCAGCAACGCACCAGUCUCUGUCUCGAAACCUACAGUUAGCCCGAGGAUAAAGUUAAAUGGCUGCCUGAGACAAUCACCAGUGAAUCGUCAAAGCCAGAUCAAAUUGGAUGGGUUGCUCAAUCACCGAAUGCUCCCUUCUGGGGUUGCAGAUAACGAGAAACAGGGCGAGAAUGGGUUUCUUUCUGAUAACAGGCGUAAGGAAGUCCAAAAGACAAGCAGUUUGCCUCCCAAGAGCAGCACAUCGAGUGGGAAUUUAGGCAGCUCAGUGGAAUUACCGUUAGAGAAGAGGGAGAUAAGAGAAAGCCUUCAAAAGAUGUCAGAUGAAAUUAUGAGAUACGAACUUCGAUUGGCAAGCCUAUACGGCCGGAUUGCGGUUUUAAGCAAAGAAAAUGAGAGACUGCGAGAUGACCGAGCUCUACGAGAAAGCUUGGCGGCCCAGUUGGUAGAUGAGACUAAGAGCCGUGAGUCAAAAAGGCUUGAUAUCGGAGUGCAAGAACAUAACAAACGCGUGGAUAGUGCUCCGAGCAUUGGGGAGAGCGGCGAAGGCGAACAUGCAACUACCGAAGGGCAAGGCGUAUCGCCUCGUGAAUUAUCCAAAAGCAAUGAGACGGCUUACGGAAAGUUAAAGCAACUAGAGUCUCGAAUCCUCGGGCGAUUGGAAGAAUACGAAACUUUAACAGCAAUUGCGGAGCAGAACAUAUCUGCCACUAGCGACGAGCGAAAAGCUUUUCAGUUAGAAAGUCCCUUUGUUAUGGAGUUGAAGGCUAAAAUUAUUAGACUGCAUGAGGAGCUGACUCAAGUCAGGUCAAUCCAUGAUGCUCGCUUGACCAAUAUGAAAAGAGCCUUUCAAAGAGAACAAGAUACAAGAUUUCAGCUCGAGCAGCGCCUGGCGUACGACAAGCAGAUAUUCCAAAAGUGGGCGAGAUUUGGCCAAACGGCUGGCGAGUAUAUCAAACAAUUCAAAUUCGAGAUACAGGAACAGAACAAGACCAUUCUGUAUUAUAAGAACAAGGAAGCGCAGAUGAAUAACUUACAAGGGAAUUAUAAAACCGCGGUCGAAUCAUACAAGUCGCUUUCUGAGCUCGCUGAAGCUCGAAGGAAGGACAUCGAACUCUUGAACACCCAGUUAGAGCAUUCGAAGCUCGAAAACAAAUCCUUGGAGGCUGUAAUUCAUCGGCAGAGGGAACAAAUUGAAGGCCUGUCGAGAGCCGAGACGCGACCGCUGACAGACUUCCCUGCUUCAACACCACAGGACGGUUUGCCCCAUUCGCAUUUAUUGCAUUCCACUACACAUGAAUAUCGUGUUAACAAUUUCAACUCAGAAGCAGCAAAUCAGCGAUUACUUUCAUCCAAUACUAGCUUUCGAGCGGCAACGCCAUCCAACAUGCAGAAUGGCAUCAAUGACAGUGGUCGAGCGAUCAAACAGGAAUCCCCAGUGCUAAAUCCCAUGAGCGAUAAAGUUGACGUCUAUUUAGAAAGUCCGAGUGCAAAUGAGCACAGAGAUAGAACAUCACUAUAA